AUGACGAGUAUCCUCAAGCAACAACUCAACCAGCAGCAGCAGCAACAGCAGCAGCAGGCAGCCCACAAGGCGACCCUGCAGCAGCGCUCACCUGCACCUGCUUCCUCGUCACCCACGCCAGUCUCGACAGCUCGUCACGGUGGUGGAAGCGCUCACGCUUCGAGCGCUACAACAGGACCACCUGGUGUGUCGCGAUCCAAGGAGCCCGCCAAAGGAACCUUUUCAACGCGCCGACCGUCGCAGUUGCAGCAGCGACAAACAGUGCCGCUCUCGUCAUUCAAGGGGAAAGACGCAGUCGCUACGUACGCGACGCCCGACCGUUCCGUCUCGCCAAAUCCAAAACCACAUGCGCAAGAUGGAUUAGAUGAGGAGGCCAUGUCUACGGGUGAGGAGACGGAUGACCUCGAUAUGGAAGGUGUCCAAAAGCGUGAUAUGGCCAUUGCCGCUCAGCAGCGACAGGAACAAGAUGAAGGAGACGACGCGACCAUGAUGGAAGACGACGCUGCGGACGUGACGUUGGACGCGUCCAUGAGUGGGUCUGGACUUGCUGAGACGUGGUUGCCGCAAUUGCUGAGCCAGCAUGGACCGCUUGCUAUCCGACACUUGACGCAAUUUCUGGCACAUGGUAACGCGACAUUUGGUGCUUUGCAACCUGGACGGCAGCGACGCGUUGUCGUUAGGGCGCUUGAGUCGCGCAAAGGCGUUUUAUUUGAGAAAGCUGGCUGGGGUCGCUGGUCCCUGCUGGAUGGCAAGUACGACGCGUCACUCACUGGUAACAAUCGCGCAGUCGGUUACUUCACCCCUGAAUCGCUACCCAUGCAAAUCCGUUCUUCUCAACGGCAGCAGCAACACCACCAGCAACAAGCUGGGUCAUUGGGUGGACAUGGUUUGAUGUCUGCUAGUCUCAAGCGAUCGGGAAGUCGUGCACCUGGCGCUGGUGUGCCUGUCUCUGGCUCCUAUCAGUCACACCAUGAAUUCCUCUUCUCGCCCAGUCUGUCGGUUGGUGUACCGCGCGAGGAAGAUGAAGAUGUUGAUCCACUUGAUCUUGAUGAAGAAUCAGGAACGGAUGAAGAGGAUUGGAAGACUCUUGGUGCAGAAGGAUUAAGGCGACGUGCACAGGCAUCGCGUACGCCUUCACACCCUGCGGCUCUGAUUGCGUCGAGUUUUACGGACAAGUCAGCCAUGCCCAUGUCACCUGCUAUGAUGGCUGGUUCGUAUGCAUCGCCACGACACGGCCCAAUGCAACCUGGCUCUUACUCUGGCAGUUCGCCUUAUCCAAUUCGGCGGAAAUCAAGUGCUGGCAUCUAUCAACUCCAUCACCACCAUGCUGCUCAUCGUCCCAUUGGAUCGCCGAGUGGUAGUUAUCGUCCACCGACUUUUCCAAAGUCCAGCAGUUUUGUGCGGAAUACCAAGAUUUCACCAGACAGAUUGUCGUCUUCACCACACGUUGCAGGUCAUGCGUCGCGAACAAAACCGACGACCAUUCCAGGACAGCAGCAAGAUGCGGAAGCGGCAGAGGCGUUGUUUAUGCUAUCGAAUUCUCUCGAUGAGCGCGAACGAAGUGGGCGUUCUUGA